UUGCUGCUCGGCAAAACUUGCCUUCCCCUGCCGCGGAGCUACCCCACAUUAGUUGCCCCUCCAUUCCUCGGCCAGCACCUCAAGAGCUCCGAAACUCACGACAUCACGUCACAGCAAACCAACUUUGAGCACCAUAAUGGCCGCCUGCAUCUUCUGCAAGAUCAUCCGGGGUGAAAUCCCCUCGAUGAAGAUCUUCGAGAGCGAGAAGACGCUCGCAUUCCUUGACAUCAGUCCAUUGUCGAAAGGACACUCUCUCAUCAUCCCGAAAUUCCACGGCGCAAAACUCCACGACAUCCCCGACGAGCACCUGCACGAAGUGCUCUCGGUAACCAAGAAAAUCGCGCUUGCGCAGGGCAUCCAGGACUACAAUGUGCUUCAGAACAAUGGAAAGAUUGCGCACCAGGUUGUAGAUCAUGUGCACUUCCAUUUGAUCCCGAAGCCGAAUGAGCAGGAGGGGUUGGGCAUUGGCUGGCCGACGAAGGAGGCGGAUAAAGGGGAGUUGCAGAAGCUGUUAGAGGAGAUUAAGUCGAAGAUGUGAGGGACUAGGUUCGGGAGGCUAGGUGCCUGGAGGGAGGGGGCGGCGGAGGGAGACAUUGGAAGAAAUACUACAAAUGCGCAA